GAGAAAAAAAAGGUCACAAAAGUAAAUCAUGAAAGAUUUGACAAAACCUGAUUUCCGGUUGAAUCAAUCACAACGGAGUCCAUCGCAUUGCGUUUGUGUCAUUCGCUGUUUUCAUGCUUCACGCAGCUUCGCACUCUCUCAAUCCAGAGACAAGGACAGAUAGUGCAGACCUCGUCAUCCCCACCGUCUAUUUCGUUGACUCAAACCCCACAAAGUCAAAUCUCCACCCCCAUUGAACUAUCAUUACCAUCAUCACCAACGUUCGCAUAAGCCACAAACCACAGGAUCCCGCCUUCUGAUUAGGAAGCCAUUGAAGACCGACAAAGAAGAGGUUAACGAAACAGAGCAACCCAGAAGCAGACCACACUGCGAGGUCUUUUCUUUGAGAACCAGCGUUGAAAUUGAAAGCCCUAGUAGUGUCAUGAUCACAUGCUCCCGGGCCUACCAUAAGCAACACCAUGAUCAACAGCUCCAACGGCAUGAUGUCAACGUCGUCUUCAUCCGCCACCGCACAAUCACCGGCCCUAAAGACCUAUUUCAAACCCCCAGAAGGCCGCUACAAGCUCCACUACGAAAAGACCCAUCCCUCGGGUCUCCUUCAUUACGCCCAUGGCAAGACCGCCACUCAGGUAACCCUUGCUCAUCUAAAGGACAAGCCAGCCCCAUCAACCCCAACAGCGCAGCCUUCAAGCUUCAGUGCUAGCAGUGGGGUACGAUCAGCGGCAGCGAGGUUGUUGGGUGCAAGUAAUGGGAGCCGGGCUCUUAGCUUUGUCGGAGGAAAUGGUGGGAGUAAGAGUACUAGUGGGAAUGGUAGAGUUGGGUCAUUGGGGUCAUCAAGUUCGAGUAAUUCAAUGGCUACUACAAACUUUGAUGGGAAGGGGACUUACUUGGUCUUCAAUGUGGGGGAUGCUAUCUUUAUAAGUGAUUUGAAUUCUCAAGACAAGGAUCCAAUAAAGUCUAUCCAUUUCAGUAAUUCGAAUCCCGUGUGCCACUCAUUCGACCACGAUGCUAGGGAUGGGCAUGAUUUGCUUAUUGGGUUAAAUUCUGGCGAUGUGUACUCUGUGUCACUGAGACAGCAAUUACAGGAUGUAGGAAAGAAGCUUGUUGGGGCCCAGCAUUAUAACAAAGAUGGUUCUGUUAAUAACAGGCAAGGAUUACCUCACUCUUAGUACCCUCUGCAUGUGUUACUUGAUUUUGCU